CUCCCUGCUAAUCAGGAAGAAACCUCCAGUAGAACCAGGCUCAGGACAGGAGACCAUCUGCCUCGACUGGCUGGUUCUCCAGUCUCAGUGCAGCGCGGCUUGACGGCCACGUUGCCCUGCUGGCUCGCUCCGUCCCAAAGUGCCGAGGACCUGGAGGUACGCUGGUACCAUGGCAGGGAUCAGUACGACACCCCCGUCAUGCUCUACAAGUCCAAAAUGUUUGAUCAAGAAUCCCMGAAAGCUUCGUACGCUGGCCGAUUCGAUUUCGGUUUUAAGGACCCCACGUCCGGAGGGCUGAGUUCAGGMGACGUGAGCUUGAAGCUGAAGAACGUUACAAUUGAGGACGUUGGGAACUACACGUGUCUCGUCAGCAGCUUCAAAGAGUUUGAGAGCUCAAGCGUGAGUCUGCAUGUGACAGAAAUGGGAAGCCCCCCUAUCCUGUCUGUUGUGUGGGAAAAAGACAACAUGUUGAACUUGAGCUGUGAAUCUAAAGGCUGGUACCCUCAGCCUGAGCUGCGCUGGUCAGACAGGAAUGUUAAAGAACUCGCCACUAAUAAUCUGGUGAAUGCCAAAGACCCCGCCGGUCUUUUUUCAGUCCACAGCUGGCGUCAUGUCCCCAACUUGUUUGACAUGUCCUGCUCUGUCGGUCUCUCUAAAAAAGAGACAAAGACAGCCAGGAUACGCCUGGGAAGUCCUCCGAGAUCACU